UGUCAGUGCUCAGGAUGAUGAGAAACGAGCUGCUUCGAGACACGACAACCGGUUAGGUUAACCGUCCGCUGUUCGCGCGAGCGGUCAUGUUUGUGUUGCUGCGUCUCUUCGUCCAUCGAGUCGUUCCGAUUUCAUCGCCGAUUUCAACGAUUCCCCGCGAUUCGUUCAGGAGGAACGGAUAGAGAGGAGCUCCAUCGCGUGGAUUUACGUGUCGUGAAAAUAUCGAGUAUCGCGAGAAAAAAAAAAGUUUAUUGGUGGAAACAGCUUUAACCUCUUUCAAGAACGUGUUCCGCAUAGCAUCUCUUUUAUUCGCGCGAAAUAAAGUCUAUAUAUCUCGAUAACAGGCUGACAGUCAUUUGGCAGAUAACACGGAUGUGAAAACAAUUUAUAAUGAUGAAGGUUCAAGAAUACAAGGAUUCUCUUAAGACUAAGGCGGAGGAAUUGUUGAUAAAAGGGUUCCCUGAGAAAAUAGUUAAAUUAAAUGAAUUGCUGGAGACGCCUGGAUUCUGUAAUCGGAAGUUGUCAGAUGUACAUCAAGAAUUAAACGUUCCCAUUCCAGACCCUAUAGUUCUUAAUCAUUCCGAAGAUGCCCCUGCUACAAAAAAGCUUAAGUUGGACAAUAAUGCAGAAGAAACCAGCGGAACCAAAGUUAUGGUACUACCAAACGGUCCAGUACCGUGCAACAAAAAACUAUGUGAUCUAAUUUACAUAGUUAAACCAUACAUUAGACAGCUUUUGGAGGAUUCUAAUUUACUAAAAAUGUGGAUUUCUUUCCUGAUUCCAAAAAUUGAGGAUGGAAAUAACUUUGGUGUAUCAAUACAAGAAGAUACAUUAUCUGAGAUUCAAUCAGUUGAGAGCGAAGCAGCCGCUUUUUUCGAUCAAAUUUCUAGGUAUUUCAUCUCUAGAGGAAAGAUCGUUAGUAAAGUCGCGAAAUAUCCACACAUCAUCGAUUAUAGAAGAGCGAUUCAAGAACUAGAUGAAAAGGAGUAUGUGAGUUUAUGGCUCGUUAUGUGCGAGGUUCGCAAUCGCUACUGUUCGUUACACGAUCUUGUGAUCAAGAACCUUGAAAAGAUCAAACGGCCACGUUCCUCCAACGCGCAGUCCCUGUACUAGGCAUGCUCGUAAACGCGCUGUACCUACGUACAGAAUAAUUCAAUAUGAACGUAAAAAAAUCCGCAAAAUAUAAUAAUAUAAAAUAAAACUCAUCUUCAUCGACAUAAUUCAACUGCCUUGACAUUAGUCCACCAUUCGUUCUAUCGAUUAUAGAACUAUAUAAAUAAAACCGAUAGCUAUACUUAAACUUUUCAAAAUUGUAUUGUAUAAAAUAUACUUAACUUAUUUGUAUAUUUUUAAGUUAAUAUAUAACUGACUUUUCUUUCUUUUAUUAUUAAUGCAUAAAAAAAAAUAUCUCAGAUUUUAGAAGUUAAAAUUUGAUCAAAAUUUUUUCGGUGAUCUUUUUCAAUAGAAAUCUUUCAAAUCAUACUUUAUUCUCCUUAAAUUUUUUCGAUAAUUUGAAAUUUCAUAUCGAGCAUAUUAUAUAUUAAGCAUAAUACUUCUGCAUAAUUUUCGUUACAAAGUUGGUAUAGCAAACUUGCAUGUAAUUUUAUCAAUUAUAUAAUCAAGGCAUUUAUGAAAACAGUAAACAGGUGGUAAGAUUAAAUUUAGUAUAGUGAAGUGAAUCAUUUUUUGUAAUUUAUAUUUAUAAGAAGAUUGAAACGCAUAAAUCACGAGCUAUUUUAAAUAAUAUGAUAUUUAAACAGUAUCUUUUUUUCUGUAAAUGUUAAUGCAUUGUCGCGCGAUAAAUCUUAAAUAUAAGAUAAAAACACGAGAUUACAUGGAAUAUAGCAUUAGUUGAUGCUCGAAAUAAAUCUCUUUAAACUU